UUAAAAGACUUCAUAUUAUGAUUGUGUUGUUUGAUUGAUUUGUCAAAAAGGGGGAAAUAUUGAGUGCAAAAGGUUCAAGUUUUUGUCAUGCAGGUCAACCGCAGUUUCGAGUUUGUGCAUCAUGCUUAAGGUUCCAGAGCAUCAGGUUGCAGGUCAUCAAGCCAUUGAUGGAAAUCUUGGCCCCCUCGUAGAUGAUUCAGGACGCUUUUACAAGCCUCUUCAGGCCAAUGAACGCGGCACCAAGGAGCUGGCCUUCUAUCAGUCAUUAUUUUCCGAUACACUGGUUCCGGACCACAUCCGCAGAUUCUUUCCCGUUUUCUAUGGCAGCCAACUCUUGGAGGCCUCCGAUGGGUCCGGUUUACGCCCCCACCUAGUCCUGCAAGAUUUAGCCUCGAAUCACCUUAAUCCAUCUAUUUUGGAUGUUAAAAUGGGUUCAAGAACAUGGUACCCCGAAGCAUCCGAUGAUUACAUCCAAAGGUGCCUGGAGAAAGAUAGAACAACUACUUCUGUGUCCCUAGGCUUUAGAAUAUCUGGAUUGCAGAUAUAUCAAAGCAAGGAAUCAGGAUUUUGGAAGUCUGCAAGGAAGGAUGUCCUGAGUUUUACUGCUGACAAUGUUAGAUUAGUUCUGAGGAAGUUUGUUUCAUCGAAUUCUUCGGUUGGUUCAAAUGCGAAACUGGAUUGUUGCUUCGCUCGCAGCGUAUAUGGCGGUCCUGCAGGGGUUUUGGAGCAAUUACUGGAGCUGAAAACAUGGUUUGAGGAUCAAACCAUUUAUCAUUUCAAUUCAACUUCACUUCUCAUCUUGUUUGAUGAGGAAUCACUUUUGAAAGGAAGGACUCCGUUCGCCGAAGUUAAACUCAUCGAUUUCGCUCAUGUUGCGGAAGGCGAAGGUGUUAUUGAUCAUAAUUUCCUGGGUGGACUCUGCUCUUUGAUUAAGUUCAUCUCCGAGGUGUUCUCACGUAUUUGAAGGAAUAAACAAUGGAAGCUCGUUUACAGAACCUGUUAAUGAAAUGGUUAAGUAAUAAUAAGGGUAAACUGCAU